CAGAGGGAGAGCAGGGCGGAGGGAGGAGGAGGAGGAGGAGGAGGAGGGGAGGGGUGCAUACGACACAAAGGAGAGGGAGGAACACAGAUGAGCGGAGAGGGAGCAGGCUGUGGACGUCGGUGCCGUUAACAAUGGAGCGUUCGGAUCCGGAGCGCUGAUAGCCCGCGCGCGCGCGAUAGCUGCUGGGACCCAUUUGAGGAGGAGGAGGGGGGCUGCUCCUCCUCGGUGUGGAGGGAGAAAGGAGGAGGAGGAGGAGGAGGAGGAUGGGCCUCGAACAGAGACUUGCGAUGGCUCUGCAAACAUUGGAUUAAAGCAGUAUGCUGGACAAGAGUGAGGUUUCCACCCUGGGCCUACCAUCCACCAGCAGCCAUGGUGGCUCGGACAGCAACAUCAGCACCGAUGGAGCGGGGGCCGCGGCGGCCGGGGUUGUGGCGGGCGGUGGAGCCGAGGGUUCAGCGGUCGGUGAGCCGCAGCGGACGCGUGCAGCCCUGGAACACCUGCAGCAGAAGAUCCUGAAGGUCACGGAGCAGAUCCGGGUGGAGCAGGAGGCUCGCGACGACAACGUGGCAGAGUACCUGAAGCUGGCCCAUAACGCAGACAAACAGCAAGCCUCCAGAAUCAAGCAGGUGUUUGAGAAGAAGAACCAGAAAUCUGCACAGACCAUUGCACACUUGCACAAGAAACUCGAGCACUAUCACAAGAAGCUAAAAGAGAUAGAACAGAACGGACCAGCCCGGCAGCCCAAGGAUGUCCUGCGCGACAUGCAACAGGGAUUAAAGGAUGUGGGAGCCAACGUUCGUGCUGGGAUAAGUGGCUUUGGAGGCGGAGUCGUCGAAGGGGUCAAGGGGGGAGUCUCGGCACUCACCCACACGGCCGUGGUCUCCAAGCCGCGAGAGUUUGCCAGCCUGAUCAGGAACAAGUUUGGCAGUGCCGAUAACAUUGCUCACCUAAAGGACAGUCUCGAGGACGGCGUUGGGGGCCACUCUGAGGACACGCCCACGCCUCGCGCCCUAAGCGGCAGCGCCACCUUAGUCUCCAGCCCCAAGUACGGCAGCGACGACGAGUGCUCCAGCGCUACGUCCGGCUCCGCUGUGGGCAGCAAUUCCGGAGGGGCGGGAACGGGAGGGGGGAUAUUGGGACCAAUGAUGGGGAGCCCCCGCCUGGACGGGCACCACCACCAUCAAAUGCACGGGUCUUGGGACUCUCUGCUUGAGGGCCUGCAGGAGAUUAAAGCCAGCCAGACUCACAUGGAGGACGCCAUCGAGGACAUGAAGGGGCAGCUGCAGAGCGACUAUUCCUACAUGACUCAGUGUCUGCAAGAGGAGAGAUACAGGUACGAGCGUCUGGAAGAGCAGCUGAACGACCUGACCGAGCUGCACCAGAACGAGAUGACCAACCUGAAGCAGGAGCUGGCCAGCAUGGAGGAGAAGGUGGCCUACCAGUCCUACGAGAGAGCACGAGACAUUCAGGAGGCCGUGGAGUCGUGUCUGACCCGCAUCACCAAGCUGGAGCUGCAGCAGCAGCAGCAGCAGGUGGUGCAGCUGGAGGGAGUGGAGAACGCCAACGCUCGAGCGCUGCUGGGGAAGCUCAUCAACGUCAUCCUGGCCCUCAUGGCCGUGCUGCUGGUCUUCGUCUCCACGCUGGCCAACUUCAUCACGCCGCUCAUGAAGACCAGAGCCCGCGUGGCGUCCACCGUGCUGCUGACCUUGCUGCUGUUCGUGCUGUGGAAGCAGUGGGACUUUGUGGAGCUGUGGCUGCUGCCCAGUUAAGGUGGAAAUAACAAAAGACCUUUUAAGGAAAAACUUCCGAUUCAAAUGUAUUUGCCAAGCAACAAAGGACGCCAUCUCAUCUCGAAUAAGUGGCGCAGACGCCCACUCACCACCACAUUGCUAUCACCAAAUACAGACGUUUUUUAACCAUUUCUAAAUGUAAAGCCUAGAGCGACGGCUCGAAAAUGCUGCUGUAAUCUUCAUGUUGAAGCUAUGGCACAUCCCGGAGGACUACACGUUUCCAUGAAUGUCACGUGCUCAUGCAUGUGCUCAUACGUGCACCAAGAAGCAUCCAGUUAGCAUGGGUUAACAUGUCAUCGAUGACAAAACGUUCGUGUUGUGUAACUGCCGUCCUGUGGUCCAAGCGAUCCGUCUGCACUUCUAGUGUCAUUCCCGAGUAGUCUCACGUGGUCCGUUUUUCUCUGAUCAAAAAGUUCUGAAAAUGAUCACGACCCGAACAUGUAAAACGGUCCAUGAAUGCAACUUCAGAACCACAUUGUAGGAGUUCCAGCUGUCUAUGCUGACUGGCAUGUCGAAGUUUAUAUCCAGUUUGCAAAAAGGAAUAUUGCUGUUUUAGUAAACAAUGUAAAAUAAAUUAUUUCAUAUAUUAAA